AUGAGCUCUCUGGAGCUGAGGCUGAAGGAUGGAGGCCACCGCUGUGAGGGGAGAGUGGAAGUGAAGCACCAAGGAGAAUGGGGCACAGUGAAUGAUUACAAAUGGAGCUUGGAAGAGGCAGCUGUGGUGUGCAGACAGCUGCAGUGUGGAGCUGCUGUUGGUUCUCCCCAAGGGGCUUAUUUUGGACCACCACCUGGCCCCAUUUGGUUGUCCUAUGUUUACUGCCAAGGGACAGAGUCAGCUCUCAAGGAGUGUAGUCAUCCUAGUAUUACAGACUAUCGCAAUAAUAACAUUUCCUAUGACGGGGAUGCUGGAGCAGUCUGCUCAGGGUUUAUGCGUUUAGCAGGGGAUAGACCCUGUUCAGGGCGAAUAGAAGUACAUUCUGGAGAAGCCUGGACCCCAGUAUCUGACAGGAACUUUACACUCCCCACUGCCCAGGUCAUCUGUGCAGAGCUGGGAUGCGGCAAGGCUGUGUCUGUCCUGGGACACAUGCCCUUCAGAGAGUCAGAUGGCCAGGUCUGGGCUGAAGAGUUCAGGUGUGCAGGGGAGGAGCCUGAGCUCUGGUCCUGCCCCAGAGUGCCCUGUCCGGGGGGUACUUGUCACCACAGUGGAGCUGUUCACCUUGUCUGUUCAGUGUACACAGAAGUCCGGCUCAUGAAAAACGGCACCUCUCAGUGUGAGGGGCAAGUGGAGGUGAAUAUUUCUGGACGAUGGAGAGCACUCUGUGCCUCCCACUGGAGUUUGGCCAAUGCCAAUGUUGUCUGUCGUCAGCUCGGCUGUGGAGUCGCUAUGUCCACCCCAAAAGGAGCACACUUUGUGGAAGGAAGUGAUAAGAUCUCAACAGCCCGAUUUCACUGCUCGGGGGCUGAGUCCUCCUUGUGGAGUUGCCCUGUGACUGCCCUGGGUGGUCCUGACUGUAUCCGUGGAAACACAGCCUCUGUGAUCUGCUCAGGAAACCAGACCCAGGUGCUGCCCCAGUGCAAUGACUCACUGUCUGAACCUGCAGGCUCUGCAGCCUCAGAGGAGAGCCCCGCCAACUGCUCAGACAGCGGACAGCUCCGCCUGGUGGACGGGGGCGGUCACUGCGCCGGGAGAGUGGAGAUCCUUCACCAGGGCUCCUGGGGCACCAUCUGUGAUGAUGGCUGGGACCUGGACGAUGCCCACGUGGUGUGCAGGCAGCUGGGUUGUGGAGAAGCUGUCAACGCCACGGUGUCUGCUCACUUCGGGGCAGGAUCAGGGCCCAUCUGGCUGGACGACCUGAAAUGUACAGGAAAGGAGUCCCACGUGUGGAGGUGCCCUUCCCGGGGCUGGGGGCGGCACGACUGCAGGCACAAGCAGGACGCGGGGGUCACCUGCUCAGAGUUCCUGGCCCUCAGGGUGGUGAGCGAGGGCCAGGAGUGUGCUGGGUGGCUGGAAGUUUUCUACAACGGGACCUGGGGCGGUGUGUGCCGCAACCCCAUGGAAGACAUCACCUUGUCCGUCAUCUGCAGACAACUUGGCUGUGGGAACAGUGGAAACCUCAACUCUUCUGUUGCUCUUAGGGAAGGUUCUAGACCCCGGUGGGUAAAUGGAAUCCAGUGCCGGAAAACUGAUACCUCUCUCUGGCAGUGUCCUUCUCACCCUUGGAAUUACAGUUCAUGCUCUCCACAGGAUGAAGCCUAUAUCUCCUGUGCAGGGUCCUACAGGACCCGAGGACCCUUCUCAUUCCCUGUGUCAAAGCCCCAUUGUCCCAUUUCUCUCUCCUCAGACAGCGGACAGCUCCGCCUGGUGGACGGGGGCAGUCGCUGCGCCGGGAGAGUGGAGAUCCUUCACCAGGGCUCCUGGGGCACCAUCUGUGAUGAUGGCUGGGACCUGGACGAUGCCCACGUGGUGUGCAGGCAGCUGGGCUGUGGAGGAGCCCUCAAUGCCAUGAUGUUUGCUCACUUCGGGGAGGGAUCAGGGCCCAUCUGGCUGGAUGAACUGAAUUGCGGAGGAAAGGAGUCCCACGUGUGGAAGUGCCCUUCCCGGGGCUGGGGAAAGCACGACUGCGGGCAUGUCGAGGAUGCAGGAGUCAUCUGCUCAGGGUUUGUGCGUCUAGCUGAGGGGGAUGGACCCUGCUCAGGGCGAGUAGAAGUGCGUUCUGGAAAAGGCUGGACCCCGGUGCCUGAUGGGAACUUUACACUCCCCACUGCCCAGGUCAUCUGUGCAGAGCUGGGAUGCGGCAAGGCUGUGUCUGUCCUGGGACAUGUGCCCUUCAGAGAGUCAGAUGGCCAGGUCUGGGCUGAAGAGUUCAGGUGUGAGGGGGAGGAACCUGAGCUCUGGUCCUGCCCCAGAGUGCCCUGUCCGGGGGGCACUUGUCACCACAGUGGAGCUGUUCACCUUGUCUGUUCAGUGUAUGCAGAAGUCCGGCUCAUGAAAAACGGCACCUCUCAGUGUGAGGGGCAAGUGGAGGUGAAUAUUUCUGGACGAUGGAGAGCGCUCUGUGCCUCCCACUGGAGUUUGGCCAAUGCCAAUGUUGUCUGUCGUCAGCUCGGCUGUGGAGUCGCUAUGUCCACCUCAAAAGGAGCACACUUUGUGGAAGGAAGUGAUAAGAUCUCAAAAGCCCGAUUUCACUGCUCGGGGGCUGAGUCCUCCUUGUGGAGUUGCCCUGUGACUGCCCUGGGUGUUCCUGACUGUACCCAUGGAAACACAGCCUCUGUGAUCUGCUCAGGAAACCAGACCCAGGUGCUGCCCCUGUGCAAUGACUCAGUGCCUGAACCAGCAGGCUCUGCAGCCUCAGAAGAGAGUGGCGCCACCUACUGCUCAGACAGCAGACAGCUCCGCCUGGUGGACGGGGGCGGUCACUGCGCCGGGAGAGUGGAGAUCCUUCACCAGGGCUCCUGGGGCACCAUCUGUGAUGAUGGCUGGGACCUGGACGAUGCCCACGUGGUGUGCAGGCAGCUGGGCUGUGGAGAAGCUGUCAACGCCACGGUGUCUGCUCACUUCGGGGCGGGAUCAGGGCCCAUCUGGCUGGACGACCUGAACUGCACAGGAAAUGAAUCCCACCUGUGGGGGUGCCCUUCCCUGGGCUGGGGGCGGCACGACUGCAGACACAAGGAGGACGCGGGGGUCAUCUGCUCAGAGUUCCUGGCCCUCAGGAUGGUGAGCGAGGACCAGGAGUGUGCUGGGUGGCUGGAAGUUUUCUACAACGGGACCUGGGGCAGUGUCUGCCGCAGCCCCAUGGAAGACAUCACUGUGUCCAUCAUCUGCAGACAGCUUGGCUGUGGGGACAGUGGAACCCUCAACUCUUCUGUUGCUCUUAGGGAAGGUUCUAGACCCCAGUGGGUAGAUGGAAUCGAGUGCCGGAAAACUGAUACCUCUCUCUGGCAGUGUCCUUCUGACCCUUGGAAUAACAAUUCAUGCUAUCCAAAGGAUGAAGCCUAUAUCUCGUGUGCAGGAAGGAGACCCAAGAGCUGUCCAACUGCUGCCCCCUGCACAGACAAAGACAAGAUCCGACUCAGGGGAGGAGACACCUCAGAGGACAACUGCUCAGGGCGGGUGGAAGUCUGGCACAGCGGCUCCUGGGGCACAGUGUGUGAUGACUCCUGGAGCCUGGCAGAGGCCGAGGUGGUGUGUCAGCAGCUGGGCUGUGGCCAUGCCCUGGAAGCCGUGCGGGAUGCGGCAUUUGGCCCUGGAAAUGGGAGCAUCUGGCUGGACGAGGUGCAGUGCGGGGGCCGGGAGUCCUCCCUGUGGGACUGUGCUGCGGAGCCCUGGGGGCAGAGCGACUGCAAGCACGAGGAGGAUGCUGGCGUGAGGUGCUCUGGAUCUGUGCGUCUGGUUGGAGGGGAUGGACCCUGCUCAGGGCAAGUAGAAGCGCGUUCUGAAGAAGACUGGAUUCCAGUGUCUGAUGGGAACUUCACACUCCCCACUGCCCAGGUCAUCUGUGCAGAGCUGGGAUGUGGCAAGGCUGUGUCUGUCCUGGGACACAUGCCCUUCAGAGAGUCAGAUGGCCAGGUCUGGGCUGAAGAGUUCAGGUGCAAUGGGGAGGAGCAUGAGCUCUCAUCCUGCCUCAGAGUGCCCUGUCCAGGGGGCACUUGUCACCACAGGGGAGCUGUUCAAGUUGUCUGUUCAGCAUACACAGAAGUCCGACUCAUGAGAAAUGGCACCUCUCAGUGUGAGGGGCAAGUGGAGGUGAAUAUUUCUGGACGAUGGAGAGUGCUCUGUGCCUCCCACUGGAGUUUGGCCAAUGCCAAUGUUGUCUGUCGUCAGCUCAGCUGUGGAGUAGCUAUUUCCACCCCAAAAAGAGCAGAAGGAGGUGAUCAGAUCUGGAAAGCCCGAUUUCACUGCUCAGGGACUGAGUCCUUCUUGUGGAAUUGCCCUGUGACUGCCCUGGGUGUUCCUGACUGCAGCCAUGGAAACACGGCCUCUGUGAUCUGCUCAGGAAACCAGACCCAGGUGCUGCCCCAGUGCAACGACUCCUUGUCUGAACCAGCAGGCUCUGCAGCCUCAGAGGAGAGCCCCGCCAACUGCUCAGACAGCAGACAGCUCCGCCUGGUGGACGGGGGCGGUCACUGCGCCGGGAGAGUGGAGAUCCUUCACCAGGGCUCCUGGGGCACCAUCUGUGAUGAUGGCUGGGACCUGGACGAUGCCCACGUGGUGUGCAGGCAGCUGGGCUGUGGAGAAGCCCUCAGUGCUAUGGUGUCUGCUCACUUUGGGGAGGGAUCAGGGCCCAUCUGGCUGGACGACCUGAACUGCACCGGAAAGGAGUCCCACGUGUGGAGGUGCCCUUCCUGGGGCUGGGGGCGGCACAACUGCAGACACAAGGAGGACGUAGGGGUCAUCUGCUCAGAGUUCCUGGCCCUCAGGAUGGUGAGCGAGGACCAGGAGUGUGCUGGGUGGCUGGAAGUUUUCUACAACGGGACCUGGGGCAGUGUCUGCCGCAGCCCCAUGGGAGACAUCACUGUGUCCAUCAUCUGCAGACAGCUUGGCUGUGGGGACAGUGGAACCCUCAACUCUUCUGUUGCACUUAGGGAAGGUUCUAGACCCCGGUGGGUAGAUGGAAUCCAGUGCCGGAAAACUGAUACCUCUCUCUGGCAGUGUCCUUCUGACCCUUGGAGUUACAAUUCAUGCUAUCCCAAGGAUGAAGCCUAUAUCUCAUGUGCAGGAAGGAGACCCAAGAGCUGUCCAACUGAGGCUCCCUGCACAGACAAAGACAAGAUCCGACUCAGGGGAGGAGACACCUCAGAGAACAACUGCUCAGGGCGGGUGGAAGUCUGGCACAGCGGCUCCUGGGGCACAGUGUGUGAUGACUCCUGGAGCCUGGCAGAGGCCGAGGUGGUGUGUCAGCAGCUGGGCUGUGGCCAUGCCCUGGAAGCCGUGCGGGACGCGUCAUUUGGCCCUGGAAAUGGGAGCAUCUGGCUGGACGAGGUGCAGUGCGGGGGCCGGGAGUCCUCCCUGUGGGACUGUGCUGCGGAGCCCUGGGGGCAGAGCGACUGCAAGCACGAGGAGGAUGCUGGCGUGAGGUGCUCUGGUGAGUGGAGGGGACCUUCUCCAAACCCCCUUGCUUUUUCCUCCUUAGGGACCAUACCAGGCUCAAAUCCUGUUCAUGGCAUCUUCUCCCUGCCUGGGAUCCUCUGCCUCAUCCUGGGGGCCCUUCUCUUCCUGGUCCUCAUCAUCCUGGUGACUCAGCUGCUGAGAUGGAGAGCAAAGCACAGAGCCUUAUCCAGUGUAGAAGAUGCUCCUGCUGAGGCCGUGUACGAGGAGCUUGAUUACCUUGUGACACCGAAGGAGGAAUUUCUGGGCAGCACAGAACCCCCAGAUGAGAGGACUGAUGCCCCUGGUGAGGGUUAUGAUGAUGCUGAAGAGGUACCAGUGCCUCGGGCUCCUCCUGCUUCUAUGAUGAGCCAGGGGGACGUGCCGCCAGAGGAGGAGGAUGGGAUGAGGGCUUCUCAGGCAGGCUCUUCUCUGCCUUUCUCUAGAGAGGCAGCUGAUCCUGGGAAAGGAGAAGAGAGCCCCCGUCUGCUUCAGGGGGAGAGAGGGGACCCUGAGUAUGAUGAUGUCGAACUAAGUGCCCCUGAAACAGCCACGGGCAAGACUGCUGGCCCUGGGCAGCUGCACAGAGAGGAGGGGAUCGGAUGCGUAAAUACCCUGAAGACUACACCCCCUCUCAUCCUGGAGAAGGAGGAUUUAGCCCCAGCUGACAUGUGCCUGCUGGACAGAGUGGUCUUAGGGGCUAAGAAGGAUCCUGAUGGGGAAAUGUUAGGUUCUGUCAAAGCCCUGUGUCGCUAUGAGCCCCUCUGUGCUCUAGAAACCCAUCUCCAGGUCAUUGGACUCUGUUUCCUCCUCCUCAGCACCGUGGUGGGUGGUCAAGCUCUGGAGCUGAGACUGAAGGAUGGAGGCCACCGCUGUGAGGGGAGAGUGGAAGUGAAGCACCAAGGAGAAUGGAGCACAGUCAAUUCUGACUUUUGGGUCUUCGAGGCCACAGCCGUGGUGUGCAGACAGCUGAAGUGUGGAGUUGCUGUUGAUGCUCCCCAAGGGGCUUCUUUUGGACCAAUGGUUGGCCCCAUCUGGCUUUACAAUCUUUUUUGUGAAGGGACGGAGGCAACUCUCGAUGACUGUAAUUAUUCUCAGUUUGAAUUGCAUAAUGAGAGCAUUUCCCAUGACCAGGAUGUUGGAGCAGUCUGCUCAACUCUGGAGCUGAGGCUGAAGGAUGGAGGCCACCGCUGUGAGGGGAGAGUGGAAGUGAAGCACCAAGGAGAAUGGGGCACAGUGAAUGAUUACGAAUGGGGCUUGGAUGAGGCAGCUGUGGUGUGCAGACAGCUGCAGUGUGGAGCUGCUGUUGAUGCUCCUGGAGGGGCUUAUUUUGGACGAGGGAUUGGCCCCAUUCGGUUUUCCUACAUACUCUGCAAUGGCACAGAGUCAACUGUCAAUGACUGUCGUUAUUCUGAAUUUGGAAACUAUAAUGAUAGCAUUUCCCAUGACCAUGAUGCUGGAGCAGUCUGCUCAGGGUUUGUGCGUCUAGCUGAUGGGGAUGGACCCUGCUCAGGGCGAGUAGAAGUGCAUUCUGGAAAAGGCUGGACCCCGGUGCCUGAUGGGAACUUUACACUCCCCACUGCCCAGGUCAUCUGUGCAGAGCUGGGAUGCAGCAAGGCUGUGUCUGUCCUGGGACACAUGCCCUUCAGAGAGUCAGAUGGCCAGGUCUGGGCUGAAGAGUUCAGGUGUGAGGGGGAGGAGCCUGAGUUCUGGUCCUGCCCCAGAGUGCCCUGUCCAGGGGGCACCUGUCACCACAGUGGAGCUGUUCAUCUUGUCUGUUCAGCAUACUCAGAUGUCCGGCUCAUGAAAAAUGGCACCUCUCAGUGUGAGGGGCAAGUGGAGGUGAAUAUUUCUGGACGAUGGAGAGCGCUCUGUGCCUCCCACUGGAGUCUGGCCAAUGCCAACGUUGUCUGUCAUCAGCUUGGCUGUGGAGUUGCCAUCUCUACCCCUAGAGGAGCACACUUUGCGGAAGGAAGUGACCAGAUCUCAACAGCCCGAUUUCACUGCUCAGGGGCUGAGUCCUUCUUGUGGCAUUGCCCUGUGACUGCCCUGGGUGGUCCUGACUGCACCCAUGGAAACACGGCCUCUGUGAUCUGCUCAGGAAACCAGACCCAGGUGCUGCCCCAGUGCAACCACUCCCUGUCUGAACCAGCAGGCUCUGCAGCCUCAGAGGAGAGCGUCACCAACUGCUCAGGUGAGGGACAGCUCCGCCUGGUGGACGGGAGCAGUCACUGCGCCGGGAGAGUGGAGAUCCUUCACCAGGGCUCCUGGGGCACCAUCUGUGAUGACAGCUGGGACCUGGACGAUGCCCACGUGGUGUGCAGGCAGCUGGGCUGUGGGGAAGCCGUCAAUGCCACGGGGUCUGCUCACUUCGGGGAGGGAUCAGGACCCAUCUGGCUGGACGACCUGAACUGCACAGGAAAGGAGUCCCACGUGUGGAGGUGCCCUUCCCGCAUCUGGGGGCAGCAUGACUGCAGACACAAAGAGGACGCAGGGGUCAUCUGCUCAGAGUUCCUGGCCCUCAGGAUGGUGAGCGAGGACCAGGAGUGUGCUGGGUGGCUGGAAGUUUUCUACAACAGGACCUGGGGCAGUGUCUGCCGCAGCCCCAUGGAAGACAUCACCUUGUCCAUCAUCUGCAGACAACUUGGCUGUGGGGACAGCGGAACCCGCAACUCUUCUGUUGCUCUUAGGGAAGGUUCUAGACCCCGGUGGGUAGAUGGAAUCCAGUGUCGGAAAACUGAUACCUCUCUCUGGCAGUGUCCUUCUGAUCCUUGGAAAUACAGUUCAUGCUCUUCAAAGGAGGAAGCCUAUGUCUUGUGUGCAGACAAGAUCCGACUCAGGGGAGGGGACAGCGUGUGCUCAGGGCGGGUGGAGGUCUGGCACAGAGGCUCCUGGGGCACAGUGUGUGAUGACUCCUGGAGCCUGGCAGAGGCCGAGGUGGUGUGUCAGCAGCUGGGCUGUGGCCAUGCCCUGGAAGCCGUGCGGGACGCGGCAUUUGGCCCUGGAAAUGGGAGCAUCUGGCUGGACGAGGUGCAGUGCGGGGGCCGGGAGUCCUCCCUGUGGGACUGUGCUGCGGAUCCCUGGGGGCAGAGCGACUGCAAGCACGAGGAGGAUGCUGGUGUGAGGUGCUCUGGGUUUGUGCGUCUAGCUGAGGGGGAUGGACCCUGUUCUGGGCGAGUAGAAGUGCAUUCUGGAGAAGCCUGGACCCCAGUGUCUGAUGGGAACUUUACACUCUUCACUGCCCAGGUCAUCUGUGCAGAGCUGGGAUGCGGCAAGGCAGUGUCUGUCCUGGGACACAUGCCUUUCAGAGCAGCAGAGGGCCGGGUCUGGGCUGAAGAGUUCAGGUGUGAAGGGGAGGAGCCUGAGCUCUGGUCCUGCCCGAGAGUGCCCUGUCCAGGGGGCACUUGUCAUCACAGUGGAGCUGUUCACCUUGUCUGUUCAGUGUAUGCAGAUGUCCGGCUCAUGAGAAAUGGCACCUCUCAGUGUGAGGGGCAAGUGGAGGUGAAUAUUUCUGGACGAUGGAGAGCGCUCUGUGCCUCCCACUGGAGUCUGGCCAAUGCCAAUGUUGUCUGUCGUCAGCUCGGCUGUGGAGUUGCCAUCUCUACUCCUAGAGGACCACACUUUGUGGAAGGAAGUGAUCAGAUCUCAACAGCCCGAUUUCACUGCUCAGGGGCUGAGUCCUUCCUGUGGAGUUGCCCUGUGACUGCCCUGGGUGGUCCUGACUGUACCCAUGGAAACACAGCCUCUGUGAUCUGCUCAGAAAACCAGACUCAGGUGAAGCGCCAGUGUAAUGACUUCGAGUCUGAACCAGCAGUUUCCGCAGCCUCAGAGGAGAGCCCCGCCAACUGCUCAGACAGCAGACAGCUCCGCCUGGUGGACGGGGGCGGUCACUGCGCCGGGAGAGUGGAGAUCCUUCACCAGGGCUCCUGGGGCACCAUCUGUGAUGAUGGCUGGGACCUGGACGAUGCCCACGUGGUGUGCAGGCAGCUGGGCUGUGGAGAAGCCCUCAAUGCCACGGUGUCUGCUCACUUCGGAGAAGGAUCAGGGCCCAUCUGGCUGGAGGACCUGAAUUGCAUAGGAGAGGAGUCCCACGUGUGGAAGUGCCCUUCCCAGGGCUGGGGGCGGCACAGCUGCAGACACAAGCAGGACGCGGGGGUCAUCUGCUCAGAGUUCCUGGCCCUCAGGAUGGUGAGCGAGGACCAGGAGUGUGCUGGGUGGCUGGAAGUUUUCUACAACGGGACCUGGGGCAGUGUCUGCCGCAGCCCCAUGGAAGACAUCACUGUGUCCAUCAUCUGCAGACAACUUGGCUGUGGGGACAGUGGAACCCUCAACUCUUCUGUUGCUCUUAGGGAAGGUUCUAGACCCCGGUGGGUAGAUGGAAUCCAGUGUCGGAAAACUGAUACCUCUCUCUGGCAGUGUCCUUCUGACCCUUGGAAAUACAGUUCGUGCUCUUCAAGGGAGCAAGCCUAUAUCUCCUGUGCAGGGUCCCACAGGAACAGAAGACCCUUCUCAUUCCCUGUGUCAGGGCCCUACUGUCCCAUUUCUCUCUCCUCAGACAGCAGACAGGUCCGCCUGGUGGACGGGGGCAGUCGCUGCGCCGGGAGAGUGGAGAUCCUUCACCAGGGCUCCUGGGGCACCAUCUGUGAUGAUGGCUGGGACCUGGACGAUGCCCACGUGGUGUGCAGGCAGCUGGGCUGUGGAGAAGCCCUCAAUGCCAUGAUGUCUGCUCACUUCGGGAAGGGAUCAGGGCCCAUCUGGCUGGAUGACCGGAACUGCACAGGAAAGGAGUCCCACGUGUGGAGGUGCCCUUCCCGGGGCUGGGGGCAGCACAGCUGCGGGCAUGACGAGGAUGCAGGAGUCAUCUGCUCAGGGUUUGUGCAUCUGGUUGGAGGGGGUGGACCCUGCUCAGGGCAGGUAGAAGUGCAUUCUGGAGAAGACUGGAUUCCAGUGUCUGAUGGGAAUUUUACACUCCCCACUGCCCAGGUCAUCUGUGCAGAACUGGGAUGCGGCAAGCCUGUGUCUAUCCUGGGACACAUGCCUUUCAGAGCAGCAGAGGGCCGGGUCUGGGCUGAAGAGUUCAGGUGUGAAGGGGAGGAGCCUGAGCUCUGGUCCUGCCCCAGAGUGCCCUGUCCAGGGGGCACUUGUCAUCACAGUGGAGCUGUUCACCUUGUCUGUUCAGUGUAUGCAGAUGUCCGGCUCAUGAGAAAUGGCACCUCUCAGUGUGAGGGGCAAGUGGAGGUGAAUAUUUCUGGACGAUGGAGAGCGCUCUGUGCCUCCCAGUGGAGUCUGGCCAAUGCCAAUGUUGUCUGUCGUCAGCUCGGCUGUGGAGUCGCCAUCUCUACUCCUAGAGGACCACACUUUGUGGAAGGAAGUGAUCAGAUCUCAACAGCCCGAUUUCACUGCUCAGGGGCUGAGUCCUUCCUGUGGAGUUGCCCUGUGACUGCCCUGGGUGUUCCUGACUGUACCCAUGGAAACACAGCCUCUGUGAUCUGCUCAGGAAACCAGACCCAGGUGCUGCCCCAGUGCAACCACUCCCUGUCUGAACCAGCAGGCUCUGCAGCCUCAGAGGAGAGCCCCACCAACUGCUCAGACAGCAGACAGCUCCGCCUGGUGGACGGGGGCAGUCACUGCGCCGGGAGAGUGGAGAUCCUUCACCAGGGCUCCUGGGGCACCAUCUGUGAUGAUGGCUGGGACCUGGACGAUGCCCACGUGGUGUGCAGGCAGCUGGGCUGUGGAGAAGCCCUCAAUGCUACGGGGUCUGCUCACUUCGGGAAGGGAUCAGGGCCCAUCUGGCUGGAUGAACUAAACUGCACAGGAAAGGAGUCCCACGUGUGGGGGUGCCCUUCCCGGGGCUGGGGGCGGCACGACUGCAGACACAAGGAGGAUGCGGGGGUCAUCUGCUCAGAGUUCCUGGCCCUCAGGAUGGUGAGCGAGGACCAGGAGUGUGCUGGGUGGCUGGAAGUUUUCUACAACGGGACCUGGGGCAGUGUCUGCCGCAGCCCCAUGGAAGACAUCACCUUGUCCAUCAUCUGCAGACAGCUUGGCUGUGGGGACAGAGGAACCCUCAACUCUUCUGUUGCUCUUAGGGAAGGUUCUAGACCCCGGUGGGUAGAUGGAAUCCAGUGUCGGAAAACGGAUGCCUCUCUCUGGCAGUGUCCUUCUGAUCCUUGGAAAUACAGUUCAUGUUCUUCAAAGCAGGAAGCCUAUAUCUUGUGUGCAGACAAUGACAAGAUCCGACUCAGGGGAGGAGACACCUCAGAGAACAACUGCUCAGGGCGGGUGGAGGUCUGGCACAGUGGCUCCUGGGGCACAGUGUGUGAUGACUCCUGGAGCCUGGCAGAGGCCGAGGUGGUGUGUCAGCAGCUGGGCUGUGGCCAUGCCCUGGAAGCCGUGCGGGACGCGGCAUUUGGCCCUGGAAAUGGGAGCAUCUGGCUGGACGAGGUGCAGUGUGGGGGCCGGGAGUCCUCCCUGUGGGACUGUGCUGCGGAGCCCUGGGGGCAGAGCGACUGCAAGCACGAGGAGGAUGCUGGCGUGAGGUGCUCUGGAUUUGUGCGUCUGGCUGAAGGAAAUGGACACUGCUCAGGGCGAGUAGAAGUGCAUUCUGGAGGAGGCUGGACCCCAGUGUCUGAUGGGAAUUUUACACUCCCCACUGCCCAGGUCAUCUGUGCAGAGCUGGGAUGCGGCAAGGCAGUGUCUGUCCUGGGACACAGGCCCUUCGGAGCAUCAGAGGGCAGGGUCUGGGCUGAAGAGUUCAGGUGUGAAGGGGAGGAGCCUGAGCUCUUGUCCUGCCCCAGAGUGCCCUGUCCAGGAGGCACUUGUCAUCACAGUGGAGCUGUUCACCUUGUCUGUUCAGCAUACACGGAAGUUCGGCUCAUAAAAAAUGGCACCAAUCAGUGUGAGGGGCAAGUGGAGAUGAAUAUUUCUGGACGAUGGAGAGCACUCUGUGCCUCCCAGUGGAGUCUGGCCAAUGCCAAUGUUGUCUGUCAUCAGCUCGGCUGUGGAGUUGCCAUCUCUACCCCCAGAGGACCAUAUUCUGUGGAAGGAAGUGAUCAGAUAUGGAAAGCCCAAUUUCAUUGUUCUGGGGCUGAGUCCUUCUUGUGGAGUUGCCCUGUGACUGCCCUGGGUGCUCCUGACUGUACCCAUGGAAACACAGCCUCUGUGAUCUGCUCAGGAAACCAGACCCAGGUGCUGCCCCAAUGCAACCACUCCCUGUCUGAACCAGCAGGCUCUGCAGCCUCAGAGGAGAGCCUCGCCAAUUGCUCAGACAGCAGACAGAUCCGCCUGGUGGACGGGGGCAGUCACUGCGCCGGGAGAGUGGAGAUCCUUCACCAGGGCUCCUGGGGCACCAUCUGUGAUGAUGGCUGGGACCUGGACGAUGCCCACGUGGUGUGCAGGCAGCUGGGCUGUGGAGAAGCCCUCAGUGCCACAGGGUCUGCUCAUUUCGGGGCGGGAUCAGGGCCCAUCUGGCUGAAUGACCUGAACUGCGCAGGAAAUGAGUCCCACGUGUGGGGGUGCCCUUCCCAGGGCUGGGGGCGGCACAACUGCAGACACAAGGAGGAUGCGGGGGUCACCUGCUCAGAGUUCCUGGCCCUCAGGAUGGUGAGCGAGGACCAGGAGUGUGCUGGGUGGCUGGAAGUUUUCUACAACGGGACCUGGGGCAGUGUCUGCCGCAGCCCCAUGGAAGACAUCACCGUGUCCAUCAUCUGCAGACAGCUUGGCUGUGGGGACAGUGGAAACCUCAACUCUUCUGUUGCUCUUAGGGAAGGUUCUAGACCCCGGUGGGUAGAUGGAAUCCAGUGUCGGAAAACUGAUACCUCUCUCUGGCAGUGUCCUUCUGAUCCUUGGAAAUACAGUUCAUGCUCUUCAAAGGAGGAAGCCUAUGUCUUGUGUGCAGACAAAGACAAGAUCCGACUCAGGGGAGGGGACAGCGUGUGCUCAGGGCGGGUGGAGGUCUGGCACAGCGGCUCCUGGGGCACAGUGUGUGAUGACUCCUGGAGCCUGGCAGAGGCCGAGGUGGUGUGUCAGCAGCUGGGCUGUGGCCAUGCCCUGGAAGCCGUGCGGGACGCGGCAUUUGGCCCUGGAAAUGGGAGCAUCUGGCUGGACGAGGUGCAGUGCGGGGGCCGGGAGUCCUCCCUGUGGGACUGUGCUGCGGAGCCCUGGGGGCAGAGCGACUGCAAGCACGAGGAGGAUGCUGGCGUGAGGUGCUCUGGGUUUGUGCAUCUAGCUGAGGGGGAUGGACCCUGCUCAGGGCGAGUAGAAGUGCAUUCUGGAGAAGACUGGACCCCACUGGUUGAUGGGAACUUUACACACCCCACUGCCCAGGUCAUCUUUGCAGAGCUGGGAUGCGGCAAGGCAGUGUCUGUCCUGGGACUUGUGCCCUUCAGAGAGUCAGAUGGCCAGGUCUGGGCUGAAGAGUUCAGAUGUGAAGGGGAGGAGCCUGAGCUCUGGUCCUGCCCCAGAGUGCCCUGUCCGGGGGGUACUUGUCACCACAGUGGAGCUGUUCACCUUGUCUGUUCAGUGUAUGCAGAUGUCCGGCUCAUGAGAAAUGGCACCUCUCAGUGUGAGGGGCAAGUGGAGGUGAAUAUUUCUGGACGAUGGAGAGCGCUCUGUGCCUCCCACUGGAGUCUGGCCAAUGCCAAUGUUGUCUGUCAUCAGCUUGGCUGUGGAGUCGCCAUCUCUACUCCUAGAGGACCACACUUUGUGGAAGGAAGUGAUCAGAUCUCAACAGCCCGAUUUCACUGCUCAGGGACUGAGUCCUUCUUGUGGAGUUGCCCUGUGACUGCCCUGGGUGUUCCUGACUGUACCCAUGGAAACACAGCCUCUGUGAUCUGCUCAGAAAACCAGACUCAGGUGAAGAGCCAGUGUAAUGACACCGAGCCUGAACCAGCAGAUUCUGCAGCCUCAGAGGAGAGCCCCGCCAACUGCUCAGACAGCAGACAGCUCCCCCUGGUGGACGGGGGCGGUCACUGCGCCGGGAGAGUGGAGAUCCUUCACCAGGGCUCCUGGGGCAACAUCUGUGAUGAUGGCUGAGACCUGGACGAUGCCCACGUGGUGUGCAGGCAGCUGGGCUGUGGAGAAGCCCUCAAUGCCACGGGGUCUGCUCACUUCCGGGAGGAAUCAGGGCCCAUCUGGCUGGACGACCUGAAUUGCACAGGAGAGGAGUCCCACGUGUGGGGGUGCCCUUCCCGGGGCUGGGGGCGGCACAACUGCAGACACAAGCAGGACACGGGGGUCACCUGCUCAGAGUUCCUGGCCCUCAGGAUGGUGAGCGAGGGCCAGGAGUGUGCUGGGUGGCUGGAAGUUUUCUACAACGGGACCUGGGGCAGUGUCUGCUGCAGCCCCAUGGAAGACAUCACUGUGUCCAUCAUCUGCAGACAACUUGGCUGUGGGGACAGUGGAACCCUCAACUCUUCUGUUGCUCUUAGGGAAGGUUCUAGACCCCGGUGGGUAGAUGAAAUCCAGUGCCGGAAAACUGAUACCUCUCUCUGGCAGUGUCCUUCUGACCCUUGGAAAUACAGUUCAUGCUCUUCAAAGGAAGAAGCCUAUAUCUCCUGUGCAGGUGACUUAUUGUGAGGGUCCCACAGGAACAGAAGACCCUUCUCAUUCCCUGUGUCAGGGCCCUACUGUCCCAUUUCACUCUCCUCAGACAGCAGACAGGUCCACCUGGUGGACGGGGGCAGUCGCUGCGCCGGGAGAGUGGAGAUCCUUCACCAGGGCUCCUGGGGCACCAUCUGUGAUGAUGGCUGGGACCUGGACGAUGCCCACGUGGUGUGCAGGCAGCUGGGCUGUGGAGAAGCCCUCAAUGCCAUGAUGUCUGCUCACUUCGGGAAGGGAUCAGGGCCCAUCUGGCUGGAUGACCGGAACUGCACAGGAAAGGAUUCCCACGUGUGGAGGUGCCCUUCCUGGGGCUGGGGGCAGCACAGCUGCAGGCAUGACGAGGAUGCAGGAGUCAUCUGCUCAGGGUUUGUGCAUCUGGUUGGAGGGGGUGGACCCUGCUCAGGGCAGGUAGAAGUGCAUUCUGGAGAAGACUGGAUUCCAGUGUCUGAUGGGAAUUUUACACUCCCCACUGCCUAGGUCAUCUGUGCAGAACUGGGAUGCGGCAAGGCUGUGUCUGUCCUGGGACACAUGCCUUUCAGAGCAUUAGAGGGCCGGGUCUGGGCUGAAGAGUUCAGGUAUGAAGGGGAGGAGCCUGAGCUCUGGUCCUGCCCCAGAGUGCCCUGUCCAGGGGGCACUUGUCAUCACAGUGGAGCUGUUCACCUUGUCUGUUCAGCAUACUCAGAUGUCCGGCUCAUGAGAAAUGGCACCUCUCAGUGUGAGGGGCAAGUGGAGGUGAAUAUUUCUGGACGAUGGAGAGCACUCUGUGCCUCUCACUGGAGUCUGGUCAAUGCCAAUGUUGUCUGUCAUCAGCUUGGCUGUGAAGUCGCCAUCUCUACUCCUAGAGGACCACACUUUGUGGAAGGAAGUGAUCAGAUCUCAACAGUCCGAUUUCACUGCUCAGGGGCUGAGUCCUUCCUGUGGAGUUGCCCUGUGACUGCCCUGGGUGUUCCUGACUGUACCCAUGGAAAUACAGCCUCUGUGAUCUGCUAAGGAAACCAGACCCAGGUGCUGCCCCAGUGCAACCACUCCCUGUCUGAACCAGCAGGCUCUGCAGCCUCAGAGGAGAGCCCCGCCAACUGCUCAGGUGAGGGUCCCACAGGACCAGAAGACCCUUCUCAUUCCCUGUGUCAAUGCCUCAUUCUCCGCCUGGUGGACGGGGGCGGUCACUGCUCCGGGAGAGUGGAGAUCCUUCACCAGGGCUCCUGGGGCACCAUCUGUGAUGAUGGCUGGGACCUGGACUAUGCCCACGUGGUGUGCAGGCAGCUGGGCUGUGGAGAAGCCCUCAAUGCCACGGGGUCUGCUCACUUCGGGGCGGGAUGAGGGCCCAUCCGGCUGGAUGAUCUAAACUGCACAGGAGAGGAGUCCCACGUGUGGAGGUGCCCUUCCCGGGGCUGGGGGCGGCACGACUGCAGACACAAGGAGGAUGCGGGGGUCAUCUGCUCAGAGUUCCUGGCCCUCAGGAUGGUGAGCGAGGACCAGGAGUGUGCUGGGUGGCUGGAAGUUUUCUACAACGGGACCUGGGGCAGUGUCUGCCGCAGCCCCAUGGAAGACAUCACCUUGUCUGUCAUCUGCAGACAGCUUGGCUGUGGGGACAGUGGAACCCUCAACUCUUCUGUUGCCUUUAGGGAAGGUUCUAGACCCUGGUGGGUAGAUGGAAUCCAGUGUCGGAAUACUGAUGCCUCUCUCUGGCAAUGUCCUUCUGAUCCUUGGAAAUACAGUUCAUGCUCUUCAAAGGAGGAAGCCUGUAUCUCAUGUUCAGGAAGGAGACCUAAGAGCUGUCCAACUGUGGCCCCCUGCACAGACAAUGACAAGAUCCGACUCAGGGGAGGGGACAGCGUGUGCUCAGGGCGGGUGGAGGUCUGCCAGAGCGGCUCCUGGGGCACAGUGUGUGAUGACUCCUGGAGCCUGGCAGAGGCCGAGGUGGUGUGUCAGCAGCUGGGCUGCGGCCAUGCCCUGGAAGCCGUGCGGGACGCGGCAUUUGGCCCUGGAAAUGGGAGCAUCUGGCUGGACGAGGUGCAGUGCGGGGGCCGGGAGUCCUCCCUGUGGGACUGUGCUGCGGAGCCCUGGGGGCAGAGCGACUGCAAGCACGAGGAGGAUGCUGGCGUGAGGUGCUCUGGAUUUGUGCAUCUGGCUGAAGGAAAUGGACCUUGCUCAGGAAGAAUAGAAGUGCAUUCUGGAGAAGAAUGGAUUCCAGUGUCUGAUGGGAAAUUUACACUCCCCACUGCCCAGGUCAUCUGUGCAGAGCUGGGAUGUAACAAGGCCGUGUCUGUCCAGGGACACGUGCUCUUCAGAGAGUCAGAUGGCUGGGUCUGGGCUGAAGAGUUCAGGUGUGAGGGGGAGGGCCCUGAGUUCUGGUCCUGCCCCAGAGUGCCUUGUCCAGGGGGCACGUGUCACCACAGUGGAGCUGUUCACCUUGUCUGUUCAGCAUACACAGAAGUCCGGCUCAUGAAAAACGGCACCUCUCAGUGUGAGGGGCAAGUGGAGAUGAAUAUUUCUGGAUGAUGGAGAGUGCUCUGUGCCUCCUACUGGAGUUUGGCCAAUGCCAAUAUUGUCUGUCACCAGCUCGGCUGUGGGGUUACCAUGUCCACCCCGAAAGGAGCACACUUUGUGGAAGGAAGUGAUCAGAUCUCAACAGCCCAAUUUCUCUGCUCAGGGGCUGAGUCCUUCUUGUGGAGUUGCCCUGUGACUGCCCUGGGUGUUCCUGACUGCACCCAUGAAAACACAGCCUCUGUGAUCUGCUCAGGAAACCAGACCCAGGUGCUGCCCGAAUGCAACCACUCCUUGUCUGAACCAGAGGGCUCUGCAGUCUCAGAGGAGAGCUCCGCCAACUGCUCAGACAGCAGACAGCUCCGCCUGGUGGACGGGGGCGGUCACUGCGCCGGGAGAGUGGAUCUUCACCAGGGCUCCUGGGGCACCUUCUGUGAUGAUGGCUGGGACCUGGACGAUGCCCACAUGGUGUUCAGGCAGCAGGGCUGUGGAGAAGCCCUCAAUGCCACGGGGUCUGCUCACUUAGGGGUGGGAUCAGGGCCCAUCUGGCUGGACGACCUGAACUGCACCAGAAAGAAGUCCCAGGUGUGGAGGUGCCCUUCCCUGGGCUGGGGGCAGCACGACUGCAGACACAAGGAGGACUCGGGGGUCAUCUGCUCAGAGUUCCUGGCCCUCAGGAUGGUGAGCGAGGACCAGGAGUGUGCUGGGUGGCUGGAAGUUUUCUACAACGGGACCUGGGGCAGUGCCUGCCGCAGCCCCAUGGAAGACAUCACUGUGUCCAUCAUCUGCAGACAGCUUGGCUGUGGGGACAGUGGAACCCUCAACUCUUCUGUUGCUUUUAGGGAAGGUUCUAGACCCCGGUGGGUAGAUUUAAUCCAGUGCCGGAAAACUGAUACCUCUCUCUGGCAGUGUCCUUCUGACCCUUGGAAAUACAGUUCAUGCUCUUCAAGGGAGGAAGCCUAUAUCUCCUGUACAGGAAGUAGAUCCAAGAUCUGUCCAACUGCUGCCCCCGCACAGGUUUGGGCGGCUGUGUUUCCAGACAAAGACAAGAUCCGACUCAGGGGAGGAGACAGCGGGUGCUCAGGGAGGGUGGAGUGGGGCACAGUGUGUGAUGACUCCUGGAGCCUGGCAGAGGCCGAGGUGGUGUGUCAGCAGCUGGGCUGCGGCCAUGCCCUGGAAGCCGUGCGGGACGCGGCAUUUGGCCCUGGAAAUGGGAGCAUCUGGCUGGACGAGGUGCAGUGCGGGGGCCGGGAGUCCUCCCUGUGGGACUGUGCUGCGGAGCCCUGGGGGCAGAAUGACUGCAAGCACGAGGAGGAUGCUGGCGUGAGGUGCUCUGGUGGAAGAACAACUUUGCCCCCCACUAGAGCAGGGACCAUACCAGGCUCAAAUCCUGUUCCUGGCAUCUUCUCCCUGCCUGGGAUCCUCUGCCUCAUCCUGGGGGCCCUUCUCUUCCUGGUCCUCAUCAUCCUGGUGACUCAGCUGCUGAGAUGGAGAGCAGAGCGCAGAGCCUUACCCAGUGUAGAAGAUGCUCUUGCUGAGGCCGUGUACGAGGAGCUUGAUUACCUUGUGACAGAGAAGGAGGAUCUUCUGGGCAGCAUAGGGUUCCCGUUAGAUGACCUGGUGACUAAACUGCCAUAUUACACCAAGGAUGGUGAGGACCACGGAGACUAUAUGUCUGCUGCAGGUAAACCCCCAUAGGAGAGGACUGAUGCCCCUGGUGAAGGUUAUGAUGCUGCUGAAGAGGUACCAGUGCCUGGGGCUCCCCCUGCUUCUGUGAUGAGUCAGGGGGAUGUGCCCCCACAGAAGGAGGGUGGGAUGAGAGCCUCUCAGACAAGUGACUCUUCUCUGCACUUCUCUAGAGAGGUGGCUGAUACUGGGAAAGGAGAAGGAGCCUGGCUGUUCCAGGGGGAGAGGGGGGACCCUGGCUAUGAUGAUGUUGAAUUAAGUGUCCCUGCAACAGCCACAGUGGCUUUCCCAUGA